AGAGCGUAAAAUGUGGCGAUUGGGGCAAUUUACCUUUAUACCAAGUUGCAUUCCUGAGGAGUUACAGAACCUCAAAGUUGGUCCAAAAAUUUUGAAAAUCAUUAAUACUUACAUUUGGAGAGAUUUGAGAUACUAUGUAUGAAAAAAAUACAUAGUUUUAUUCACAUCUUUAACAAUAAAUAGAAAGGGAAACCCAAGGAUUUUGGGAUUUACUUAAGAGAACUUUAGAGUCAAAUAGGUCCCCAUGAUGCUCUAGUAAACCCUUUCGAACACACUAUCAAUUAUUCACUACGUAUUUUAUAAUUGCGUUACCGUAUUUUAUUUUAUUCAAAAACAUAUUGAUCGAAUUUUUUCAAAGGGAGAUGUUUAGCACAAAAAAUUGCUGAAUUUAUAGUAAACAAUCAACAAGUAUCAUCAUUGAUAUUAUGUAAUACAUACUUGAAAAUAUCAAAUUUGGUACCCUGUAUGAAACUGGUAAGUGCUUCAAGUAAUGGUAAGUAGAAUGCAAUCAAACUAUUCUGGGAUAUUAAUUAAGGGUAGUCCAGCUUUGAAAUUUCAGUUUUUAUCUGUCAGUUGAUUUGAAAAAUUUGAUUUUCAUAUUUUGGAUAAUUUUUGAUUCCAACCGACUAGGGUAUCGUUUGUGAACCGUUGCCGGGACGAUCUUUUCGAUAUUGGUUGAUAGCAAGAACUGUUACCAGAGCCGCCCAUUUCCUGUUAUGCUAUUGCAACAAGAACGGUGUAGACUAGGAGAAAGAAAUUUAUAAUACUUAAAAUACACUUUUGGUAGCUGCAGCAAAGUAGCACUUAGAAAACAAUAAAAAAGAAGAAGUGUUACAAUAACCUUUAUUAUUGUUAAACUUUCAAAUUUCAAAUCCACAUACAUGUUAGGAAUAGUUUUACGUUAUAAUUAUUCAAUAUAUUGAAACCAAAAUGCCUUUACCCGCCUCUUAUUUCCCUAACUAUUAUUCAAUUGAUGAUAUUUUAGCUACUCAGGAAAGAACACCUUGUAAAAUUAUCCUAAAUGUUCCUAAAAUGGGCCACUUAAAUCCUUCAGUAUCGGAAAAAGAUCUACUACCUGGUACAUUCCAAGAAUUACCUUUAUGGUUAGUUGACGAGAUUUCAUUGAGUCGUCAACCAAUUGUUGCUCCAGAUUUGCCAAAAAUAUACAGGGAAUCUUAUCGGGAGAUAUUAAAAGCUGAUGCCACGGCAGUCGAUCUUCAUAAAUUCAGCCUCUAUUUCUAUGAAGUGGGCGCUUACAUUAAACAUUUUGAUAGAAAAAAUGAGGUCCAUGAUACUCUAAUACAUACAUUUAGAACUCGCUUUAGACAGCUUAUGGACUUAGCAGAUAAUACAAUAUCAGAUCCUUCGGUUCAACAAAAAUUGGAUAUGCUAGAAAGGAAAAUAUUCAAUGAGGCUUACAAGGCAAGAGUAAAAAUGAACAAUUGGUUGGUAGAUUCAAGCGCCGCUUUAGAAGCAGCUAAUAUGGUUGUCAAUCACAAGAAGAGGAAGAGAAUAAAUGUUGAGGAUUUAUUAUGAAUUUAUGUGAAAUUUUCCCACCAUCUAUAUUUUUUUUUCAAUUAUUUUUUACAAUACUUUUAUCGAUUAUCAUCACUUGAAUAUUGUUUUAAAUUAUUUCUUUAUUAGUAAUAAAAAUAUAUAUAUUCAGUUUUGUAACCUAAUGGGAUUAGAGUAUGAGGGUUGUACAAUAGUGAGAUUAGGUUUAUUCCUUUUCUAUUUUUUUUCAUCACUAUAACUUUUCGAAUAAAUCCUUUAUAAUAUUAGUGGAAAGUUGUAUUUUAUAUUGAUAUUUGUUUUAGUUUAAUUGAUCCAAAAGUUAUUUCUCAAGUUAUUGGAUUAUGUGGUGCAACUUCUUUUUUCUAUAAACACAAAAUCUCCAAAACCAAAGUCAAUUCAAAAAAAGUUAUUUGAGAAAAAUCAAAAUACGAAGAUGGAGAUGAAAACAUAGAAACGGAGAGGCAGAUAUUUCAUAUAGCAUGGAAUGCAACCAAAAUAUUCCAAAGAGUAGGAAGAAAAUAAAAAAAAGUUGGUUUAUAAUGUAUACUGGGUGUCCCUAAAUUCGACUGCCAAAGCUCUAGGGUAAAUUCCUUGGGUCUUAUGUCCGCAAACGCAUCCUUUCCAAGAUACUGGAUGGAAAAUGUAACACUUUUUAAAAUUGAAUUGAACGAUCCCAAGAAUUACCGAAUUGGAAAAUCUUUUACCUAGGAUACGAAAUGAUUUUUAUAAUUAUACUGAUUAAUCUAAAAUGAGUGUAUAACUUAAGAUACGCCAAAGACAUGUUUAAUAAUCCAAAUUCUAAAAUUAAUUUAUUUUUAAUAAGAAAAAAAAUGUAUCAGAGCAAAUAUAAUCUUAACAGUCAUUUAAUAUAACAUUAGAUAAUUUAGCUUGCAAUAUUUAAGUUAAAUGAACAUGUAUCGUAGGUCAAUAGACAAGUUGGGAUUUUAGCUAAUAUCCCAGGAAAAUAGGCACUUUCUUGACUUUCCGUAUUUUCCUCUUUCUCUCUCUCUCUCUUCAAUUGUCUCCAGAUUCAUCAGUCGUGCUGUCGCUUCUGUCGAACAUACAGUGUCUUGUCCAGUUUUGUGUAUUAUUAGUCAGUUUGUCAGUACAAAUGACACGCUACAACUAACACAGCACGCGUGGGAGCCCACUGCUUGGUCUCUAAUUAAAGUACCAAAAUACAGUUCUUGGCCAAAUUAUUAGAAGCACUGCAACAUUUCAUGUAAAAUAUUAAUUACCGAUUGAUAUUGUACCAUUUUAUUGUUUUAAAUUGCAUUGUUUUUUUAUAUUAUCUAAUAAAUCACCAAUUAAUUUAAUAUACGUAAAACAACAUUAAUUUAGAAAAUCAAUGUAAUUAAAAGUAAAUAUUUAGUUGAGCCACCUUUAGCCGCUAUCAAAGCUCUAAUUCUGCGCUGCAUGCUAUCAAUGCAAGACUCUACUGUCUUCUGUAUUUAAGGAUGAUGAUUCCACACAUGAAUAAUCUUCUCUAAAAGCUGGGUUUUGUUGGUAAUCACAUCUUUAGCUACUUCUCUUUUUAUUAGCUCCCACACAUUUUGAAUAGGAUUCAUAUAGGGACUAUUACCAGGCCAAUCCAACAGAGGGAUAUUUUCUUCCGCCAAAAAAGCUUUGACAGACCGAGCAGUGUGGCAGGGAGUUCCAUCUUAAAUGAAAGUGAAUGGUUCUCCAUUUGGAAACCAUUCUCUGAGCUGCGGAAUCAAGUGAUUCUGUAAUACUUCUUUGAACUGAUCUUGCCUCAUUAUUCCUAUUACGACGUACAGACGUACAGUGUCUUUGCCGCUCAUGACUGACCAAAUCAUCACUAUGGUGGGAUGUUUAACCGUUGGAACGACACAGUCAGGAUGAAACUUUUCUCCACAACGACGACGCACAUACAGAGCUUUAUUCUGCAAAAUUUCGAAUAUGCUUUCGUCACUGAAGCAGACCUGUCAAAAAUAGAAAUAAAUAUAAAGUUUUCAUUAAAUUACAAUAUCUUACCGAUCUCCAGGAGUCCACAUCUUUGUCUUUCCAUCGUUUAAUCCACUUCAGGUGUUUUGCUUUUAUUGCAGUUGUUAACUUGGGCUUCCUGGUGGGGCGACAGACCUUAAAAUCUAGCUCUUUCAAUUUUCUUCGAACAGUGCGUUCAGAAGCAUUUACGCUAGCAUACUGCAGUUGUGAUUUUAUCAUCUUUGUGGUAGCAAAUCUGUUUUAUAGAUAAAUUUUCUUCAAACAUCUCUCUGACCGUGGAGUGAAAACUGGUUUUCUACCGUAUCUUUUCUUUCUUUUUGGACUUAAUUCCUCUCCUGACACAAUUUUCUUUUUUAUGCGUGAAAUUUCCUGGUUUGUAAAUGUUUUCGCAUUCACAACGGCCUUCACUUCAGCUUUUUUACGUGGUGAAAGAUCGCCUUUUCUACCCGUAAUGAAAAAAGUCCAAUUAUUUUUUUUAAACACUACAAAUAAAAUAAACAAAUAACUGGGUAGUAUUAAACUGUUAAACAAACAAUCGCAGUCCAUAAAGCCACAGAAACACACCCGUACCUGACGAGAUUCCGAUCGCGACUAAUGAAGGUUUGUACUUGUUUACGUUCAGUGUUGCCACAAUUUAAAAGCUGAAUGUAAAAAUUGAACUAAAAAAUGUUCUAGAUUGUACCAAUUUCAAACAAAUUUAAUAAAAUUAUGGAAAGAUGUAUAAAUAUAAGUUUAAAUUAAAUUUUUUUUUCAAAAAACGUUAUAGACUGUGUCAAUUAUUAUUUUAAGGAUGAAAAAUUUAUAUAAAGUUUACCGAUAAAAUUAGCAAUGUAGUACAUAAAUCUCACGAUCUAAAUAUAAAUCAACUAGGCUCUGCUUUCUAAUUAUUGUUACAAUCUAGUACAAUUUCUAGUUUAUUUUAUUAAACGAAAAUAUAAAAUAACUUUAUAUUUGCGAGCGCAGGGAAAAUGUAUUAGAAAAAAGGAAAAAUGUACUAGCGUAUAAAAUACACUAAAAUGUACUAAAAUUGUACAAUUGUACUAGCUCUGGCAACACUGUUUACGUUCAUUUAUCACAUUGUGAACACAGUGUUGCCAUAUGUUCAAGACAAAUACGAAUAGGUAGUCUACAACAAAUCUUCGAAAUAAAAAUUAAUAAUAUUGUAAUUUAGAUAUACAAUUACUGCAUAAAAACUCUUAAGAAACAUAAAAUUAUUUAAAAAAUACAGUGCAUCUAAUAAUUUGGUCAGGGACUGUAUUUGAAAUAGGCUUUUUUCACAUUUUCGAAAAAUGGCCUGGCUUGCGAUUUCAUAAUAAAUUCUUCACAAAUAUAGCAAAAUUUGUCGGGAGAAGUUUUGCAACUGUGGCGCGUUUGACUCGACAUUUUCGUCUUUAUAAUCACUUUUUGCACUAUGAACAGAAAACCAUUUAGUUUGGAACUCAACAGAAUAAUAAUUUUCAAUUUUAUUUUCAUGUUUAUUAUUCUGAAUUAUACAGUUCAGGUAUUUUUUCGACUAUAAAAUUACCUGCUAAUGUAAACAGGGAUAAUUAAACUAUUGAAAAGUGGUACGUGUUAGUACUUAAUAAAUAUUUUUUCUAUUAUUGGAGGGGUAUUUCCUUUUUAAAGAUAAGCUAUGUAAGCGAAAAUCUUGUCGGUCAGUGUUAUUAUACCAGCAAACAUCAAAUGCGAUUUUUUUUAUAUUUUAUUUUUGGGAUAUUGUAUGUGGGAUUUAAAGUAAAAAAUAUUUUUGAAUUGAA